UCUUCUUCCUCAAUCUCUUCUUCCCUUCUUCUCUUCUCUCUAUUUUUUCUUCAUCAAUCACCUUCCCGUCGCUAAAUCUCAGAUUCUUCGGGGUAAUUCUUUACCUCCUAGGCUGUGAUUUACCAUUCCUCGAGCUCUCGGUGAGUUCUAGAUCGGAUUUAUCGGUUACUCAGCUUUUACUGUCUCACUGAUUCAUCUCUAAAUCGCCAUUUAUUGAACAAUCUGACGCCGAUCGUAAUAUCUCAUAUAUGUGGGUGUGAAGGUAUUCAUCUUCACGCGGGUGUCGUUUUCUUCGAUUCGAUCAAUUGAUUUGGUUAGAAUCUGUCGACUCGUUUGGGCUCUUUGUAUCUCUGGGAGAUUUUCCGUUGCAAGAGAUCUUUGAUCAAUGGGUGUUUAAGCAUUCGCUGUAGAAUGUAUCAUUGAUUUUUUCCGGUGAGAUCGGUGAGCUCAAGUUCUGUUAUUUGUUCCCUCCUAAUUGGGAUUCUAAUAGAGAUAUGUCCAGUAAGGUAUGGAGAUGGGUAUUAGGGUUGAUAUACAUAUUUGCUGUUGCCACGAUUUGGAUUGCAGCCAGUUUUGUAGUCCAGUCUGUGGUGGAUGCUGGCGUCUCUCCGUUCCUGAUCACUUUCAUUUGUAAUUCACUGUUCGUCGUUUAUCUUCCCCUGUUUGAGAUCGGUCGAUAUCUGGAAGAUGCAUAUGGGAGUUUGUUGUUUUGGAGAAAUAAAAGGUCGCAUUUACGGGAAUUGGUCGAAUCAGAGAAGGCUGUUUUGCUUGGAGAAGACGUUGUUUCAGGUGUGAAAUCAGAUGCACCUGAAGGAUCAGGGCUUUUGGCGAGACAGGAAGGAAAUAGUGAGGAUGGUGAUGGAAUUGAAUCUGGAUUGGACAAUAUAGAGCGUGAGAUAGAUGCUAGUGUCAGUGUUAGUGGUGAAAUCUGUAGCAAAGGAUUAGAUGAGAAGGGACGUUGGACACGGAUGCGAGUUGCUAAAGUUAGCCUUGUGAUAUGUCCGUUUUGGUUUUUGGCACAGCUCACUUUCAAUCUCUCUCUCAAGUACACAACAGUUACGUCAAAUACAAUCUUAAGCAGUUCAUCAAGCCUUUUCACCUUUCUGGUAUCACUAAUAUUUUUGGGAGAGAAGUUCACGUGGUUAAAGCUCUUCAGCGUUCUUCUUUGUAUGUCUGGGACCAUAAUUGUGAGUAUGGGUGACUCAGAAUCCAACUCAACUGCAACAGCUAAAAACCCUCUUCUGGGAGAUAUCCUUUCCCUGAUCUCAGCUGCGCUAUAUGCUGCCUACAUCACUCUUAUACGCAAAAAGCUUCCAGAUGAUGAUGAAAGAAGCGGCCGCUUCAGUAUGGCUCAGCUCCUGGGGUUUCUAGGUCUCUUCAAUUUCUUUAUUUUCCUACCUGCUGCUCUAAUACUCAACUUCACAAAGCGAGAACGCUUCAACGCACUAACCUUGAAACAGUUUGGUCUAGUUGUUGGCAAAGGUUUGUUAGAUAAUGUGCUUAGUGACUAUCUAUGGGCAAAGGCAGUACUUUUAACAACAACCACAGUGGCAACAGCUGGGCUAACCAUCCAGGUUCCGUUGGCAGCCAUUGUAGACAGCUUAUCAGGGAACAAACCAAGCUUCACCGACUACAUUGGUGCUGCAGCCGUAAUGGUUGGCUUUGCAGGCAUCAAUAUUCCUUCAGAGACGUUUUGCAGAUCCAAAGAGACAGCCAUUGAGUUAGAACCUGGGACUUCGUUCACGGAUCCUCCCCAGACUGUGUCGGAUAGCAUAGAUGUAGAUUCUUCAAGGACCCUGGUGUCGUAGUAAUUGUGUCAAAUUCGAGAACCAUGAUUCUUUCUUAUGUCGUUUUGUUCUCUUAUUUUCUUUUGUUAACCUCUUUUGGGUUGGUGGUUUAUAUGUAAAUCGUUGAACAUGCUAAUAGCUGGGAAAAUACAUAGUAAUAAAUCAUUAUCCGAUUGGGUU